GCGAGGCCGGGUCGGCGGGCGGAAGCGGCUCGCACGCCAGGCGUCGCCAUGCCCGGGGACCACCGCCGCAUCCGCGGGCCCGAGGAGUCGCAGCCGCCGCAGCUGUACGCGGCCGACAAGGAUGAGGCGCCCGCCGCCCGCGACCCGACGCGGCUGCGGCCCGUGUACGCGCGCGCAGGGCUGCUGAGCCAGGCCAAGGGCUCGGCCUACCUGGAGGCGGGAGGCACCAAGGUGCUGUGCGCCGUGUCCGGCCCGCGGCAGGCCGAGGGCAGCGAACGCGGCGGCGGCCCGGCCGGAGCGGGCGGCGAGGCCCCGGCCGCGCUGCGCGGCCGCCUGCUCUGCGACUUCCGCCGCGCGCCCUUCUCCGGCCGCCGGCGCCGCGCGCCUCCGGGCGGCGGGGAGGAGCGCGAGCUGGCGCUGGCCCUGCAGGAGGCGCUCGAGCCGGCGGUGCGCCUGGGCCGCUACCCGCGCGCGCAGCUCGAGGUGUCGGCGCUGCUGCUCGAGGACGGCGGCUCGGCGCUGGCCGCCGCGCUCACGGCCGCCGCGCUCGCCCUGGCCGAUGCGGGCGUCGAGAUGUACGACCUGGUGGUGGGCUGCGGCCUGAGCCGCACCCCGGAGCCGGCGCCCACCUGGCUGCUGGACCCCACGCGACUCGAGGAGGAGCACGCCGCCGCCGGCCUCACCGUGGCGCUCAUGCCUGUGCUCAACCAGGUGGCCGGGCUGCUGGGCAGCGGGGAGGGCGGCCCGACCGAGAGCUGGGCCGAGGCGGUGCGUCUGGGCCUGGAGGGCUGCCAGCGCCUCUACCCCGUCCUGCAGCAGUGCUUGGUGCGGGCUGCCCGCCGGAGGGGCGCCGCCGCGCCGUCCUGAACCAGAAGCCUGAGCAACGACGGACGCGGAGGGCCGAGCUGCCGCCGUCCCCUAAAAGACCCGUGCCGUCAGCUUCCAGACUGCACGGAGCUGAGAAUUCAGAGGGCUGGACGGGAUCUGAGGAGGCGUGCACAGAGCUAAUGCACUGGACAGCUGUGUUGGGACAGUUUUUUAGAGACUUCCGUUAAAGAAACUUUUCUAUGUGAGCUGGUGCUUCCCAGUUACGACCCAAAGAAACUUGGGAAUGCGGCCUGACUCCCAAGUUGGAAAGGACUUUUCAGCUGGACUCGCCUGGAAAACGGGACUUGAAGCUUUUGUCUUGUAAGGGAUGGACUCUGCAGGCCAGCUAGUGACUCCCUUCUAUGUAAUUGGUCUGCUCUUGAGAGAAUGGACAAGGGGGCUGUGUUUUCUCAUUUAUAUCUGAGCUAAAACAAACUCCUUUGUAUCUGGA